AUGGAUCAACAAACUGAAAUUUCUUUUGAUGCCAAUAAAGUUGAUCAAUAUGCACUUCUAUCAAUAAUACAACGACUUGGUCAUUCUGUAAAAUCAAUAAAUUCAAAAUCAGUUCGAGCUCAAUUACGUAUGGAAGGAAUGCAUUGUAAUUCAUGUGUAUCAAAUAUUUGUGGUGCAGUACUUGAUCUACCUGGUGCUAUUAAUAUUUAA